UCUACCAACUUUUUGAAUCAAUUAUUUUCUCUCCAUCAUCUACCACGCACCUUCACCCAAAACCGGACUCUACUUAAAUAGGUGAAGAUAGAAGAUGCGACGACAAUGUAAGCAGUUAUAAUUUGACCCUAACCACAGGCAUCGGAACAAUGACCAUUUUUAAAGGUGACUUCCUCCAAGAAUCGCCGUGCGGUCAUAUAUGUUUUCGGACCCGAGUGACUUCUACAGCAGUAUUAUAAAUGCCUGAAUAUCUGACCAUCCCUGUCUACCGUGCAUUGCUUACGGAAAAGUUGUAGGAUGAUGAGCAGUGAUUUGGAGCGCGUUUCACUCAAUUCAAUGACCACCAGCAACUCGGGGACCGGGUCCGGCGGCCGUGGGCUGUCAGCCAACGUUCGGAAGCUACACAACGCGCUCAACUUGCUGCUCACUGACUUCGAGAGAGAACAGUUCAUCCACUGUCUCAAUGUUUACCACGCUAAGCGCAACGUCUUCGACUUAGUUCAAACGCUCAAAAUAAUCCUCAACACGCCGAAUAAACGAGAACUCCUCCCCAUGUUGCGUUUGGUCAUUCCCCGCUCAGAUCAGCUGUUGUUCGACCAGUAUACUUCCGAGGGCCUGUACCUUAAAACGGAUUAUCUACCACUAAACACUCCCCAGGCUUUCAUGCAGGGGGAGCCUAUCGGAGAGAUCCGCCAAGUGACACUGAGACGCAGCAAGAGCAAUGAGGGUUUAGGAUUCAGCAUCCGGGGAGGCUCCGAGCACGGUGUGGGAAUCUAUGUGUCGCUUGUAGAACCCGGAUCUUUUGCCGAGAAUGAAGGACUGAGGGUCGGGGAUCAGAUAGUGACUGUUAACAACAUGCUGUUUGACAGAGUCUCACACACGGAGGCAGUCAAGGUCCUGAAAGGCUGUAAGAAGCUGGCCAUGUCAAUGUGUUCAGUGGGCCGUAUCCCUGGGGGGUAUGUCACCAACCACAUGUAUGCCUGGGUGGACCCUCAGGGCCGCAGUGUGUCCCCUCCCUCCGACCUAGAGCAGCAGGAGCAGCAAAGCACCCUGGGACCACAACACAGCCAGAGACGUACAGGACACACACAGGAGACGCUUGAGAAGACGGUGAACCUGAACCUGGACGAUGGUCUCUCUCUGGGCCUGAUGAUCAGGGGAGGGGCGGAGUAUGGCCUGGGUAUCUUCAUCACUGGAGUAGACCCCGGCUCGGCUGCAGACCACGGGGGACUCAAGGUGGGCGACCAGCUGCUGGAGGUGAAUGGGCGGAGCUUCAUGGCCAUCCUCCAUGACGAGGCGGUGAGGAUCCUGAAGACGUGUCGCCACCUGCUGGUGAGGGUGAGGGACGUUGGCCGCCUCCCCCAUGCCCGCACCGUGGUGGACCAGACCAAAUGGAUGAGCGGCCCCAGCCCACCUCCCAUAACAGAGAGCACCGCCAGCCCAUGCAUUACACAGCCAUCUUCAGCGCGGGCCACACCUGUAUUAGGAAAGUCUGUGUGUCAAGGUGUGGGGCCCCCUGGUUCCCAGGUGUCUCUGGAGGAGCAGGCCUACCUGCUGCUGACUGACCCAGAGAGACAGACCAUGGGCUACUACCUGAAGGAGUACCAGGAGGGACACAUCGGCCUGGAGCCCCUGACCAUGGCCCUGUUUGAGCUCUUCAACACCCAUGCCAAGUUGUCCCUGCUGUCUGAGGUGCGUAGUCUGGUGGCUCCCCAGGAACGGGAGCUGUAUGAUGGGCUGGUGCUGCACCGCGAGAGGGAGGCUCUGAAGGCCUGGCACAGAGGAAUAGGAUCCCAACACCCUGCACACCCACACAGCCACUGUCUACACACUGAGCCCUCAGCCAGCCACAGCCACUCCAACCCGGCCACUCUCUACUCUUUCAAGCAGGAGUGCUCACAUGGUGACAGUGUACAGCAAGAUCCAGGGGCAUGCACUAAUGUCCUACCUGACGUUACAUUGAAUGAAGUGCAAUCUACAGCUGCGUCUCCUCCGUCCUUCAAGCCUCCUCCUCCCCCCGGACUCGGACAGACCCAGCCCAGACACCCCAGGGACAGGGAGAGGGAGCAGUCCAAGCGCCCCUUAUCCAGACACUCCCAAUCUGGCCUGCUCUUUACUGCACCCACCAGGCUGCACAAGGAAUGUCACCACAAACACCUUAAAGCCUUCCAAAUCUUCUCCAACCACCAAAUUUCCACCUCCCCUAGCUCUGGCCUCCAUCACACCUGUCCCAACCCUGGCCAUCAUAACAGCUCCAACCUUGGCCAUCAUAACACCCCCAACCCUGGCACUGGCCAUAGUGUCUAUCCAACCUCUGGCAAUCACACAUCCAUGAACUCUCUUCACCACACUUGCCAAAACUCCCUCAACAUCUCCACAACUACCUCCCCCGACCUCCACACCCACCAAACCCACCACGGCUUUCCCAGCUCCGGCCACCAUACCUGCCCUGGCUCCCUUCACCCCAAGCCCUCUGGUUCUCAGAACAAGGAGACAUUCAUCAAGCAUCCCAUCUUCAGAUCCUGCUCCCAUGAGAAGCCUGCUUCCUCCUCUAAGACUAGCUCCCCAUGCACCACAUUGUCCCAGCUGUCAGACAGUGGUCAGACUCUGAGUGAGGACAGUGGGGUGGACAUCGCUGAGGCAGGAGGGCUCAGUAAAGACAGCAGUCCUCAGCCCACUAAGAACCAGGCCAGCCAGGCCACACAGGGGCCCCAGGGGGCCCAGGGGUCUGCAGUACUGACAUCCAAACAGCAUCCUGGCUCUCCAGUACCCAUACCUACUCUGGUACGUGUGGUAAAGAAUGCCAACACUCUGGGCAUCGCUAUAGAGGGAGGGGCAAACACACGGCAGCCACUGCCACGCAUCGUCACCAUACAGAAGGGGGGCUCGGCACACGGUUGUGGGCAGCUGAAGGUGGGUCAUGAGAUUCUGGAGGUGAAUGGGGUCUCCCUGAGGGGUAGGGAGCACCGAGACGCUGCUCGCAUCAUCGCUGAGGCCUUCAAGAACAAAGAGAGGGACCACAUUGACUUCCUGGUCACCGAGUUUAACACAGCCCUACUGCAAGGCCUUUAGCAGGGUCGUAUGCUUUAGGCACCAAACAGAAGAAAACAGACUGAAACAGGAAGGGACCACCUGAACUGAUGCUUGUUCCUGUUUUCCUGCAGGGGCUUUAGCAGGACUUUACACUUUAGAGAGCUGGAAUGGAUGGAGGAAGGAGGAGAAGGAGAGAACGGAAGGAGGGAGAGGUUUGAUGGAGUAUUGCACCUGGGGACAAAAUAAAGACAAUCCAUCUAAUUAUCUUGUAAGCCCCUUCUCCCUUCCCACUUUGUUGUCCCUAUAUCACAACCUACCAGGCUUGCCAUGUAGAGUUAAAUUGCUAAAAUGCAAGACAUCCUGCCUUAAGAAGAACCCACCGAUAGAACCUAAUAGCAUUAAAAAUAACCUAAGAAGAACCCACCAAUAGAAACUAAUAGAAACUAAAAACCCACCAAUAGAACCUAAUAGAAACUAGAACCCACCAAUAUAACCUAAAAGCAUUGAGAAGAACCCACCAAUAUAAUCUAAAAUAACCUAAGAAGAUCCCACCAAUAGAACCUAAUAGCAUUUCGAAACACCCAUCAAUAGAACCUAAAAUAACCUAAGAACCCACCAAUAGAACAUACUAUAAUUGAGAAAAACCCACAAAUAGAACCUAAUACAGUGCAUUCGGAAAGUAUUCAGACCCCUUG